AUGCCACUGCCGCUGCUGCCCGCCGUGGGCGGGGUCACCGCGGCGCCGCUAGCUCCGGCCACCGCCGCCCCGGCCGCGACUCCCCUUAGAUAUCGCCCCGCACGACUCCGCGCAUCUCCCUCCACGGCAUCCUCUCCUUCAACCUCGGCGGUCUCCAGCCCGCGGUCUCCACCGUCCGCGAGGCAUUCCCGCAAGCACCUCGCGGGCAGAGGCGACGCCCCGGCGAGGCCCUCCAAGGACCGCAUCUUCUUCCUCGACGUCAACCCCAUCUGCUUCCGCGGCUCCCAGCGCAGCCUCGGCGCCUUCGCGCGCUGGCUCGCCCUCUUCUUCGCGCACGUCAGCCUCCGUGACCCCGUCGUCGCCGUUUUCGAUGGGGCAGGCGGAAACGAGUACCGGAGACGGCUGAUGCCGUCGUACAAAGCCCACCGGACUCGUGGCGUAGGCACUGGUGCCGAUUCGCGUGUGGUAGAUGUGCUCCGCGAGUGCAAUGUUCCGAUUGUGCAAGUCGAUGGGUAUGAGGCAGAUGAUGUGGUGGCAACCUUAACACACCAAGUGCUGCAGAAAGGUUAUAGAGUUGCCAUUGGAUCGCCAGAUAAAGAUUUCAAGCAGCUGAUAUCUGAAGAUGUUCAGCUAGUUAUGCCCAUUCCUGAGAUUGGCCGAUGGUCCUUUUAUACGCUGAGGCAUUAUGUUGCACAGUACAAGUGUGAUCCGACUGCAGAUUUAAGCCUCAGAUGCUUUAUGGGCGAUGAAGCAGAUGGUGUUCCUGGAAUCCAACAUCUGGCUCCUGGUUUUGGUCGCAAGACUGCAGUGAAACUACUGAACAAACACGGUUCACUAGAAAACUUGCUUAAGACAGCUGCGAUUAGAACUGUUGGCAAGGAGUAUGCCCAGGAGGUUCUCGUCAAGCAUGCAGAUUACUUGCGGAAAAACUAUGAAGUUCUUAGCUUGCGGAGGGAUGUAAAUGUUCAGCUUGAUGAGAGAUGGUUAUCCACGAGGGACACUUGCAAUGACACUAGUGUAUUAUCUAAUUUCAUCCUUAAAUUCAACGAAGGAAGAGGCUAAAUAGCAGGUGAUGAUGCUGGAUACAGAAUGCAGAGACGUGGUCCAGUCCAGGGGCAGCUCUAGUACGUGCAGAGGCAGAGUGAGUCAUCAUCGCCUCACCCAAGAAGACAUGCUAUCGCAGCGCUUUUUGUCAUGCUAGUAGCAUAUCUCAGAGGAACCAACAAAGAUUGAGGAUGAUCUUCUGAAAAAAAGAUUCAGGAAUAGAGCCAUCUGCACUGCAGAGCACGCCGUGGCGACAGAUCUGAUGGUCUCAUGUAUCCUCGCAUGCUAUUACUGGCUGUGAAUUGAAUAAUCAGUGUUGGUCUCGGUUCAAGGAACGCUGGAACAGUUAUAGCAGGGCUUUGUAAAAUGGACGGCUGAUUGACCUGGCUGGAUAAGAAUGAAUCUGGUGUGCAUAACUA